AUGGCAAACUUAAUUUAUUGUAAUAAUGGAUAUAUUUGCUUUGAAGGACUUAUGGAAUUCUUAUUAAGCUUAUUCUAUUUAUGUUAUUUAUUCAUGAGCUAUAGAAUAAUUACUCAUGAUAAAAGUGGAGUUCUUGUUCAAAUUGAUAGAUAUUUAUGUUUUGCUGCUUUGAUCUAAAUAUUUUUGCAGACUAUUUAUUUUUUAUAUUUUGGUAAUUAGAAUAUAUUUAUUAGAUACUAAGAUAAUGAUUUUUUAUUAUCAACUAUUAAAUGUAUGGGAAUAGCAAUGUAAAUAAUGAUUUGCAAUAUUUUGGGAUCUAUUAUAGGUGAUGAGGAAUAAGCACCAAAAGUUUGGUAAUUAGCUAAAGCUUUGCUUAUAAGUACUUUUAUUUUAUGGUUUUGGGCUGGAAUAGUUCAUAAAAGUGCAAUUGAGUAAAUAUUUAUAUGAUUUUAUUAGUUAUAAUUGUGUUUAGGUUGAUUAUCUAAUAGUCUCAAGUAUUGGAUUGUUUUUGGCUUGUGGUUCAUUUUAUAUGGGAAACUUGGCAUUAGAAGGUCUAAUGGAAUAUAAAAAUAAAUUGGUUUUUUAUUAUUUUUAAUUUAUUUUAGGAUAUUGCAAGAUCUGGAAAUAUUUAAGUAUAAUAAAAUGCUUAAAAAUAUGAAUAAGUAUUAAUUAGAAUAAAAUAAAUUACAUUAAUGCAUUGUAUAAUUUAUUAUUUAUUAGAUUGUGGAUUACUACAAUUUGGUGUAUAAUUUGCAUUUGAUAUAUUUACUUAUAUAAAAUGUGAUAAUUCAAAAGAAUGUACUAAUUAUUAUAAUGCAUCAUCAACUAUUUCGGUUUUAUUUAUUAAUUAAAUUAUUAAGGUUCUAUAUUUAACUAUAUACAAAUUGAUUUAAUUCACUACUCUUCCUGCUACUAUUUUUUGGAUAUUUUAUGAAAUGAAUAAAUCUAAAUUUCAAGAAGAAGACAGAAAUACUAUUGAAAUGAAUAUCACUUAAUGA